CUGCUAAGCGCGCCCCGCCUACCCGGAGACAGGGAGGAACCUGGAAAAUCUCACGUGAGGGGAAGCGCGAGCGAGUAGGCUGGCCAAGGAGCAGGGCCUUGGCCCAUGGUCUCAUAGAGCCUGAACUGUUCUGGAAGAGCACCCAGUUGUUCCUUCUAGGCUACCCAAGCCCCAUUGAUGAUGGGUGAGAGGGAGGAGGACGACGACACUGAGGAAGCCUGGCUGCAGCUGCGGCCCAUGGAACCCCUGCCCUCCCAGUGCUGUGGCAGUGGCUGCUCACCCUGUGUGUUUGACCUCUAUCACCGAGACCUGGCAAGGUGGGAGGCAGCCCGAGCCAGCAAGGACAGGAGCCUGCUGCGUGGGCCAGAGUCACAGAGCUGCCCCUCCAAGCUGAACCCAGAGACCUUCGUGGCCUUCUGCAUCAGUGCCGUGGACAGACUCACUAAGGACACAUACCGUGUCCGGUUUGCUCUACCCGGGAACAGCCAGCUUGGCCUGCAGCCUGGCCAGCACCUCAUCCUACGAGGGAUAGUAGAUGACUUAGAAAUUCAGAGAGCCUAUACGCCCAUCAGCCCUGCCAAUGCAGAAGGAUACUUUGAAGUGUUAAUUAAGUGCUACCAGAUGGGGCUGAUGUCCCGGUAUGUUGAGUCCUGGAGAGCAGGAGACACAGCUUUCUGGCGAGGACCUUUUGGAGAUUUCUUCUAUAAACCAAACCAGUAUGGUGAGCUCCUCAUGCUGGCUGCGGGCACGGGCCUGGCCCCCAUGGUGCCCAUCCUGCAGAGCAUCACAGACAAUGAGGAUGACGAGACUUUUGUCACUCUAGUCGGUUGCUUCAAGACCUUUGAGAGCAUCUACCUGAAAACCUUCCUCCAAGAGCAGGCCUGUUUCUGGAACGUCCGUACAUUCUUUGUACUCAGCCAGGAGAGCUCCUCAGAGCAGCUUCCUUGGAGUUACCAAGAGAAGACCCGCUUUGGCCGCCUGGGCCAGGACCUAAUUAAAGAGCUGGUCAGCUGCUGUCGGAGAAAGCCAUUCGCACUUGUCUGUGGCUCAGCUGAGUUCAACAAGGACAUAGCCAGGUGCUUACUGUGCGCAGGCCUCACUGAGGACUCCUAUUUCCUCUUCUAGCCCUGGCCUCCCUUCCAAAGCCUAGGCCAUGGGCCUGCUACUGGGACCCAGGAAGGUGCACAGACUGGAAUCAGAAGACAUGGAGUCCAGGCCUGGUCCUGCUGCUCAUUUGCCAGGUGACCUUGGGCAAGUGUCUUUACUGCUCAGAACCUCUACUUCUCAUCUGCCCCAUGAGGUUAAUCACUCCUCUGGCCUCCUACUAUGUGGAAGGAGGACAGGCUGUAGGGACCCUGAGGAAGCGAGCAACCAGCCUGGGAGUCAGGGAAGACUCCUCAGAGGAAGCCAAGUCCAGGCUGAGCCCCAGGAGGAGUAGGAAUUGGGCAGGGGAAGAUUCAGGAGGAGCUUCCCUGGCCUCUCCGAUUAGAGGAUCUAAUGGGGGCUCCAGCUGUGGCCUCAGCACCAUCUCAGAUUAGGGCUUCCUGAGUGUGUAGGGAAGGACCCAGGAGAGGCUGAAAGCUCUUUGGAGGAGAAUUCUACCUUUCCUCCUGUGCCAUGAGCCUGACACAUGAAGGUCUUGGGUUCUAUGACUUCACCAUGUCCUGAGAGCAAGGUGGGGCCCUGGACUGUCUUUGUAUUGGCCCCAAGCCUUUCCUGCUGUGAACAGCUUCAUUCUCAGUCCCCUUUCCUGGCUCAAGAAUUGAGCCUAGCAAAAGAAGAGGCAUGGGAAGGAAAUGCCCCUCCCUCCUUCUGCAGGCAGCCACUCAGCCUGUGCCUUCAGCUCGGUGCCCUGGUGACAGUUGCUAUGGAGAUCUAAAGAUAGAGCAGGAGUCAGGAGACCUGGGUCCCUCUCCCAGCUUGUCCCACUCAGCGGCUGCCGAUCCCGGUCCACCCACCCCAGGAACCCGGCACCCCCAUCCCAGGAACCCAGUGCCCCUGGGCAGUGCACUGCAGUUAAUGAAUUCUGCUUUCCACAGCCUGGGCUCCAGCAUGCUGCACCAGCUUGGGCUAACUACAGGCAGUCCCAGAAUUGGAAUACUAAGCCAUGGAAUCUUGGAGUUAGAUGUUUAUAGUCAUAGAAGUGUACUCCUCACCAUAUCAAAGCUGAAAGUUCAGGACUCUAAGAAACAUACAGUGUGACAGACUUAUCGUAUACACGGGAAACUGAAGCCCAAUGAGACUAAAUGACUUGCCCAGGGUAAAACAAUCCAUGGCCGAGCCAGCACUAGAAGCCUCCUAGCUUCAACCUCAUGUGCCAGUUCGGCACCAGUGGUUUUCAAACUGCGCUCCACAGGAAACAAGCGUUCUUUGCAUAGCAGCAGUGAAAGGACAGCUCCGAUGGAUCCCCAGACCCCCCUUCAACCAGAGCAGUUCCGUUUUCAUCCCAUUUGUAUAUUGGGGUUUCGAAGUAUUUUUAUUUGUAGAAAAGGAUUUUCCUAUCCUGCUCAGAAAAAUGGCAACAAAUCUCUCUGCUGUGUCACAUUUAAUAAAUAAUUGUGACAUACAGCUGGGGGAUGGUGCCGGAGGUUUCAAACUGCUUCACAGGCAGAGUUCCAGGGUCAGAGAGCAUGGAGUGCUGUGUAUGACCUUCUCCCAGAAGCGUGGGCACAGGAGCGUGUUAAAGGCCUGAAAAGACCAGUGGCAAAGAAACUCCUUUCAUUUUGUCUAACCCAGAGUUUCUCAAGCUUAUUUAACUAUAGAACACUUUUCUAUGGGUUUCAUAGCCUCUUUCUAGCACAGCAUAAUGAGUGGGAAAGGCCCUGACUGAGAGUCAAAGAUUCUGAGCAGGAACCGUGAUCUCUUCCUGCCUAGCCUGUGACUUGAGCAAGACACUUUUCCUCUCCCCAGACCUCUGAGGUCUGCGAUUUUCCCUCCACCCUUUCCUCUCCCUCAGUUUGCACGUCCUAUUGACUCAGCUGCAAAUAGCGGGGGCCUGUCAGGAGCCUGACUCUGUUCAGACACCAGGGAAACAACAGCACACCAGGCAGAUGCAGUUACGUCCAGUGCGGAACUUACAGCCUAGCAAGGAAGGCAGAAAUUCAACCUGUAAUUCUAAAAGGGAUAGAUGUCAUGGAAACGGAAGUGUGGAGUGCUGGGAGAGUGGAUGGCAGGGGCUUUAGCCCAGUCUAGGGAAAGGCCAGGGGCACACCACUGCCACCAGGGAUAGAGGCUUCAAAAGCUUCCAAGUCACUCAUAUUAAGAGUGUUGCCAGGCAUGGUGGCUCACACCUGUAAUCACAGCACUUUGGGAGGCUGUGGCAGGCGGAUUGUCUGAGCCCAGAAGUUCGAGGCCACCCUGGCCAACAUGACAAAACCCUGUCUCUACAAAAAAAAAAAAAAAAAAAAAAAGAUUAGCCCCGUGUGGUGGUAUGCGCCUAUAGUCCCAGCUACUUUGGAGGCUGAGGUGGGAGUAUUGCUUGAGCCAAGGAGGUCAAGGCUGCAAUGACUGUGAUUGAGCCACUGCACUCCAGUCUGUGUGACAAAGCAAGACCCUGUGUCAAAAUAAUAAUAAUAAUAAAAUCAAAAAGAGUGUUAAGGGGGUCUCCACUUAAGGAGUAGAGAGUUCGAGGCAGUUCUCUCAUCUCUGUCCUUGUCUCGUUUUAGAUGUAUGAUGUUUAGAUAUUAGACAAGGCCGCCCAGUGGUAACCAACCUAGAAUGUGUUGGCCUCCUCUUCCCCUCACUCCGUGUAGGUUCUGUACAGCCUGGCUGCUGGUGGGAUCUCUCAUCAUGGGACAUUGGUGAGGACCCAGCCAUGCCCUUGGUGCCAAGAAGCCUAAAGGGCUCCUGUCACCUGGAAACCUGAGAGUGCGGGGCCGGGUGCUGUGCCCCACAGGGUGCUGAGCAAGCCCAAGAAGAAGAGUGUAGGGUGUGGUGUGUGAAUUCAGACCUCUCGGAGCUGGGGGCGAUUCCCGUCAGCUGCUGUUCCUUUGAUGAUGCCCACUGCGUGUUGUGGGAGGCGUGACCACCAUGUGAUGUUGCAGUGAGAGAAAGGAGGCUUAGGAGCUAAACAUGAUACACGGGCAUCAAGAGGUCAACCAGGUGUCCGCAAUCUAUGAGCCAGACACAGCUCUCUUUGUGCAUGCAUCCCAAGCUUCAGGAAGGCAACAGCUACUAGAGGGCCUGGGGACAGAUUCUUGUUAGCAGAAGUGGUGGUGACUUUAGCUCCACCCUCACCAUGUUUACCGGCGUCGCUUCUGCGUUCCCCUCAUGGGGCUCCCAGCUCCCAGUCUGCAUGCCACCUCCAUGCCGAGACCAGACCAGUUUUCCCUACACACAAAUCCGGGCCUGUCACUCCUCUGCUUGAAAUCCUUCCCUAUCUCCCUGUGGCCUUGGGGUACGGCCUCUCUGCUCUGCCACCUUUCCAGACUUUUUCUAUGCCGCCGCCUGCUCACACACACCUCUCAGGCUCCAAACAUGUUCUCUUGCGUCAGCCCAUCCCUUACACUAGCUGCUUCCUCUGCCUCGCCAGCCUCCCACCUUCCCAUCUCCCACUCACCUUUUUUGCCUCCUCAUCUUCUGAGGUCUCAGCUCAGUGCCACUUCCUCUGGGGAGCCUCGCCUGUGUCUUCCACUCCAGCUUGGUCAGUGAGCAGAGGGGCUUGUGUGCUUUUCUGUCGCUGCACCCAUCAGUCUCAUCUGCAUGUGGGCAUGAGGGCCGGCCCAUUGCACCCCUGACAGGAGAGGAUGCUCAGCACUUCCUGAAUGGCGAAUACCUGAGCGAUAAACAACUCAUGUUCAGGAAGUGCUUUCCGGGUGGCAAAAUGUGUUUCCUCUACUUUGAAGCACAGAAUCUUCAUCAAUAUGCAUGCUAUUUUAUUACCCCAAUUUACCGAUGAGGAAACUAAGCUUCUGAGACUUCAAGCAAUUUUCCAAGGUCAUGUAGGGGUACACAAGUUCCAGCAUGUUGUGAUUGUUGUAAAGGUUACGUGUGACACAUUAGUGCACCCAGAAAUGUGUAUAAAGAUUGUUAUUGAUGGCCAGGCACGGUGGCUUACGCCUGUAAUCCCAACACUUUGGGAGGCCAAGGUGGGCAGAUCACCUGAGGUCAGGAGUUUGAAACCAGCCUGGCCAACAUGGUGAAACCCCAUCUCUACUACAAAUACAAAAAUUAGCUGGGUGUGGUGGCGCACACCUGUAAUCCCAGCUACUCAGGAGGUGAGGCAGGAGAAUCACUUAAACCCAGGAGGCGAGGUUGAAGUGAGCCCAGAUCGCACCAGUGCACUCCAGCCUGGGCGACAGAGUGAAACUCAGUCUCAAAAAAAAAAAAAAGAAAAGGUUUUUAUUGCUGCAUUCUCUAAAAUAGCAAAGAAUAAAAAAACUGCCUGUAGAUACAGCAAUUAAAGUGAACUCCAUCCACAUGUACCAAUAUAGACGAAGUCCUAAAAAUAUAAUAACUGAGUGAAAUGUACAUUAUGAAAGGAUAGCUACAGGGAGAUACCUGUACUUGGAAACUGUAAAAACCCAAAAUAAUGCUAAAUGCUCAUGAAGAGACAGAGACACACCAGCUUCAAGGAUACUGGUGGCCUGUGGUGAUAGGUAGAAGGGAAUGAGAUGGGGUGAUGGGGCUUUUAGCCAUAUCUGUAUUUGUAUUUUACUGUAAAAAUACUUGACAUAAACAUGACAAAAUAUGAACAUCUGGUAAAUCUGGGCAAUGAGUUCCCCAGUGUCUGCUGUAUUAUUUUCUGCCUUUUUCUGUUUUUCAAAUAGUUCCAUAAUUAAAGAUUUUUUAAAAAGUCAAA